GUGAAUGCAGCAGUACUCUGUGUAAAGAUGUUGAGUGUCAGAAUGGUGGCACAUGUGUAACAGAUACAGUAGAUACUUAUAUAUGCCUAUGUCAACUGGGAAAGAUUGGAAAACACUGUGAACAAGAGGUAACAGUACAUAUUCCAUCAUUCAAUGGGACAUCCUACCUGACGUAUCCAGGUUUUGGUAAUACUAAACUUUCUUAUUUGGAGAUAGAGGUUGUAUUCAGACCAAAAUCUACCGAUGGUCUCAUUAUAUAUGAUGCUUUAAAAACUGAUACUACUGGUGAUUUUGUAUCUUUAUCUAUGAGUAAUGGUUACUUGGAAUUCAGAUUUGAUUGUGGAACUGGACCGGCAAUAGUUAGAUCCAUUAAUAAAGUAGAUUUAGAUGAAUGGCAUACUGCUGUGAUUUCUAGAACCGGGCUAGAAGGUAUUCUGGAACUUGAUUCCCUUCCUGCAGUUAGAGAUAAAGCCGAAGGUGCAUUUACACAAACUUCAUUUAAAACAGAUUUAUAUAUUGGUGGACACAGUAAUUGGGAUGAAGUGGCUAAAUAUGCUUCUAUAAAGUCAUCUUUUGUGGGUGAUAUUCAAAAGGUUGUGGUAAAUGAUAGAUUAAUAGAUUUAGUGGAGGAUGCAUUAACUGGUGUAAACAUAGAUAAUGCAGAUCAUCCUUGCAUUGGUUCACCUUGUUUAUACAAUGGUGAAUGCAUACCACAUCAUGAUGUAUAUAUGUGUGACUGUCAUAUCGGAUAUAAUGCAAGUAACUGUGAAAAAGAGAUAUUGUUUCCAGAUGAUGCAACAGAAAUCAAGUUUCUGGGAAGAAGUUAUGUACAAAUGACUCACCCUGACAUUUUGAAAAG